AUGACUACCACAAUUGCUAUAUUGAAGGCAGCAACUUUUUGGUCCAACGGGAGAUACAUGAAAUUACUUCUAUCGCAUAUGGAAAAUGAUCGAAAAGAAGCUGUAAGUGAUAAGAACGUGAAGAAAAUGAUGAGAAUCGCUGAUAUCAGCAGGAGGAUAACAGCUGGAAGUAUCAUAAUGUGUAACUUUAUCGUCUUUACUUAUGUGACAUUAAGAACCUUCUUGCUACCAUAUACGGGACGGAUAUUGUAUUAUCGUGCCUAUUACCCAUACGAUACCGCAAUUUUUCCCUAUUUCGAACUAACCUUGAUUGGCCAAAUUACAGCCGAACUUUACGCAGCCAAUAGUUACACAGCCGUCGACACUUUCAUGACCAUGUUGAUGUUACACGUGUGCGGACAAUUUUCGAGUCUAAGAAAAAAAUUGUCCAAGUUGUGUACCAAAAGUAAUAAUAAUUUUCGAAGCGAUCUGGCAAGGAUUGUGCAGAAGUAUAAUAUGCUUAACAGAUAUGCUGAAACGAUCGAAGACAGAUUCAACGGCAUGUUACUUAUCCAAAUGCUUGGAUGUACAAUACAACUCUGCGUUCAAUCGUAUCAAGCAAUUUCGGCUCUCGUGGAUGACGACCAAGAUCUCUUGGUAAUGCGACUAUUCUUUUUUGGUAUAUACACUACAUACGUCAUGCUUCACAUCUAUCUAUAUUGCUACGUUGGUCAGAAACUUUUUUCUGAAGGAGCGAAAAUGGCUUAUGCCGCGUACGAUUGCAACUGGUACAAUCUGUCACCGAAAGAAGCUAGAUGUCUUAUUAUAAUAAUAUGUCGAGCACAAAUAUCGUCACGCAUUACAGCAGGAAAAUUUUGUUCCUUCAAUCAUGAGCUCUUUGGCAGCAUUUUAAAAACAUCCAUGGGUUACUUGUCGGUCCUAUAUGCGAUGAAAACCAAAGAUGUCCAUUAA